AUGUUUGAUCAAAGUCUGUUUGUUUCUAACCAGUAUAAAAUUGACGUUGAGGCUGAUCUAUUGAAAACCGCACAGGAACUAGAGCAAAUUGGUUUCAAGGCUCUUUCAGAGAUAGAGUUGGCAAAAAAAGCAUGGAGAGAGAAAAUAAAUGUCGGAGUCGGAUCGCGUGUCAAAGUGGUAGAUGUAUCCACCACUUCUUCUGAGGGUAUCGGUGGAGAAAGACUGAACACGGCACAACCCCUCACCGGCCCAAAUCCCCUUGCUUCGGAAAUGCAAAUGCAGCAAGCGCAGGCUUCAUCUAGAAAGCGAAUGAGAAGACCAUCCCUCGCUGAAGUCGAAAUUCCAAAAGAUUUGAAUAGUGAUGACUUUGUUAGUCCAAAAUCAAGCAAGAUAUCGGAUCUAACGCAGACCAGUCUUCUUACCUCUCAUGCAGAUGAUGAAGAAAGCAAAAAUAAUGCUUCGAGAAAAUCUGACAUCAAAAGCGAUAAUACACCAUAUCGCCGUCGAAGACUUCCUCGUCCAUUUCAAAGCGACGUCAGCAUGGUGGCAAAUAAAAUGAGGUAA